AUGUCCGGGACCCUGGAUGAGUUGGAGCUUCAGGUAUUCAACGUAGGCGAUACACCUACGUUUGAUACCGUGAAAGGUGGCAAAGCGUUAAAAAGCCAAGUAGAUGUCACGGCAUCGUGCGAUGGCGCUAUCCCAAAAAUAAAUAACAAAACAAAACUUACCGACCUGCGGUGGUUCAAAGAGCUAGCUGUACUGAAGAAAGACGUCACCAGGAAGAAAAACCGCAUCCGCAACGCCGCGCGGGUCCGGAGAGCGAUGGUCGUAGACGAGUACCUGGAAGCAAAAGAACUGGAUGAGAGUACAAUCAAACGAGCCCAAACCACCAGCUCGAAAGAAUUCUGUAAGAAACAGGAUCGCGAAGGAGACACAGCAGAAGAGGACAACACAGACCACAGGCAUACAAGGGAAGCAGCCAGUAGAGUAAACGACUGGCAGCAAGAUGAAUACCACGACCCACCGUUUACAUCUCUGGAACUGAAGACAGCCGUGGAAGGUUUAAAUCCUAAGGAAGGCCCCGGGCCAGACGGAUUUACGUCAGAUAUCUGCAGUCGAGCUGCCUACCAGGACCCGGAUGCAUUCCUUGCCCUGUAUAAUAAGUACCUAGAACUGGACAUAUGGAAAGAGGCUACGGUGAUCGUCCUCCGAAAACCGGGCAAGAAUAAUUACAUGAUCUCCAAGUCUUACAGACCGAUAGGUCUACUGCCGGUCUUGGGCAAGGUCCUGGCAGUAGCACGGAUAAAAUGGGAGCUCGUGCUGCGGUUUAUUACUCGCCAGUUUGGCGUUAUGCAAAACUAG